AACACAUCAAAAUACCAAACCACCUUGCCUGCUGUUACUGAAACCAUACGAGAAGCAAACCUAGACCCCAACAAUGGCUAAACAACCAUCCUUGAAAAGAGCAGAUAGGGUUGCCGAAACCAUGCUCGACGCACUGAAGCAGAGCCGCUACCAUAUGAAGAGAUGUUUUUCCAGUUUUUGGAAAGUGGGAAGAGGCUGAUGAAGCACAAGAACAUAAUGGAGGAACUGGAAGGGACAAUCCAAGACAAGGGUGAAAGAGACAAGGUUUUGGAAGGGCUUCUCGGUUACAUUAUGAGUUGCACUCACGAGGCAGCCCGUGGUGCCACCUUCCGUUGCAUUUGCCGUGAGGCCUAACCCUGGUGUCUGGGAGUAUGUCAAGGUGGGGGCUGAUGAUCUGAGUGUAGAUGGCAUCUCUUGCUCUGAAUACCCGCAGUUCAAAGAAAUGAUCUACGAC